GCUUCUCUGAUAAGGUGGAACAAAGCAGGCAUCACGCUCACUGUGCUGAGAGCCCGCAACUCGCUCCGCCAACCCAGUACGAUCUCUGCUUUGACCUCUGCGCCCGCAGAAUGGAUCCCCUGUACGAGAACCCCGAGUCCACCUACGAGAACCUGCCGUCGAGUGUGUACGACCUGACAUACGAGGCGCCAUUCGACGAGCCCUCAAAGCCGGCCGCGGAGUACGAGAACACCGGACGGGCCAAAGGUCAGAUGCCAACUCCCCCUGCUCUCCCCCCGCCUCGGCCUCUCGCGGAGGAAAGACGGAGCAGUUCAUCCUCAUCCUCCUCCUCUUCCUCCUCCUCUUCUUCUUCAGCACACGCUGAAGAUGAAGAUAAAGCAGAGGUGAAGGAAAAUAACAGGGAGGAUGACAAAGAGGAAGAGGAGAAGAGAGAGGUGGAGGAGAGCAACACGUACCCGAAUUGGGGGAGGGGGUCCCCGGAGGCGAACGGCGACAACUUUUCCCGCAGAUCCUCGUCUUCGAUGUCAUCGUCUUCGGCGGUGUCUGACAAGGAGGAGCCUGAGGAGAAGCCAGAGCCUGAAAAAGAGGAACCUAAAAUCCAACUUUAUGUCAAGGCUGGGAGUGACGGGGAGAGCAUCGGAAACUGUCCCUUCUCUCAGCGCCUCUUUAUGAUCCUCUGGCUCAAAGGUGUCGUCUUCAAUGUCACCACCGUCGACCUCAAGAGGAAACCGGCUGACCUUCACAACUUGGCCCCGGGGACACACCCGCCCUUCCUCACCUUCCAGGGGGAGGUUCUCACUGACGUCAACAAAAUAGAGGAGUACCUGGAGGAGAUGCUGGUUCCACCAAAGUAUCCCAAACUUGCAUCAAAGAAUCGGGAAUCCAACACAGCGGGGAACGACAUAUUUGCAAAGUUCUCCGCUUAUGUCAAAAACAAACGGCCAGAUAAAAAUCGAGCAUUAGAGAAAAGUCUAGACAAGUCCCUGGCUAAGCUCAAUACGUAUCUGGAGAGUCCUCUCCCCGACGAGCUUCAGGUGGGACACAACAGAGGCGAGGGCGAAUCCAAGCGCAAGUACCUGGACGGAGACGAACUGACGCUGGCUGACUGCAACCUUCUGCCCAAACUUCACGUUGUCAAGGUGGUUUCGAAGAAAUACCGGAACUAUGAAAUUCCCUCUGAAUUCCGAGGGUUGUGGCGUUACCUCGGCAACGCCUACGAACGAGACGAGUUCACCAACACGUGCGCAGCGGAUGUGGAAAUCGAGCUGGCCUACAAGGACGUGGCAAAGAGGUUGGGAAAGUGAAUGCGUCCCAAAACGUUCACUUUAGUACCUUUCUCUCCUUUUAGACAAUCUACUGGACCACACACGGAAGUAUUUAUGCAGUCUUUGCAAACCAUAAGUCAUUUUUUUUGCAGAAAGGUGGUUAAAUGUAGCAAACAUUUAAGGGUGGUAUCAAGGACAAGACAAUUGAUUCUUUUUGAAGUUGCUGUGCAGCAUCUUAAAUGUGUAAUAAUACUUACUGUGAACAAAAUAGUUUGUUUAUGGUGAUUAUACUGCAGAUAUUUCUAUGUGAGGUGUCAAAAGUAAAAAAGGACUCUCAAAUGAAUAAUACAAAUGGUCCUUUCACCACAAUUCUGGCAUGAAAUGGCUCAAGACACACGUGUGAAUUAUCUUGAGUAACCGUGACAGGAUUUCUGGAAAGAAUAUUUCUGUCAAAUCUAUUUUUAAAAUUUGAUCUUUAGCACUUUGAGCACCACAAGCCGAGUGCCAUUGUAGUCCCAUCAUUUUGGAGAGAGGGCAGACUCUAUGACCCAUAUCUUCAACAUUAGGUAACUCACACCUAAACAAUCCAAACUGAUGGAGCACUGCAGUUAAAACAAAAAAAUUGUAUUUUUUAUGUUCUGGUUAACUGUCCCUGUCAGGGGUACGGUAAGGAGUUUUUUUUCUCCUAAGCUGGACUGAAACAUUACCCAUUUCUGCUCACAGUUAAUCUACUUAUUGAACAUUAUUAUUCAUGUUGUGAACGUACAUAUGCAUUAGGAAUAAGGGAAUGCAUAAAUCAUUAUUCACAGCGUUAUUUGUGUUUCAGCCAAAGUAUUUUGUCUUUUCCUGGAGCAGUGUUAGAGAGGUCUGUCUCCCCUAGUUUUCUUAAUCGUUAAAUCAUCCACUUUAUAGGUGUGACGCCACACUUGAUGUAUCGAACAUGUCGUGGUCGUGAAAUAACCAUAGUCUCACUACGUGUUUCAGAUGAAAAAAAUAAACUUUAAAUUUGAUAAUUCUGCCUCUGGUAAAACACAAAGCACCCAGUUUACCACGACUGCUGUGUUGGGAAGUUGAUCUUAAUAAUGGGUGCCUUAGUGGGAAUCAUGCUCUCCUCUGCCUUCAACUCUUUAUGUCUGUACGGUUCACUUUAGAUGUCUGGAUAUAAUAUGGACGUAAUGUAAUUGAAGGACUUCUACCCACGGAGCCGUGUGGCAAAAUAUAUCUCUAAUGAUUAGAACCAUGAACCCUCUGUGUAUAAAUUGCUAAUUUGAAGAAUAAAUCUAUUUUCUCAUAGA